AUGCCUAUCUCUCUCUCAUCGAUAGUCACGGCCCUGCCGUCUGAAGAUUCAUGGGGUCCACCCACCACCACGGAUGCGCUCGUGGAUGGCGUUCCAUACGCACCAUACUCGAAGGGAGACAAGCUGGGCCGGAUGGCGGACUGGACAACUGAGGGCAAAGAUAGAGAUGGACGAGGAGGCAGGCAGCAAUAUAAUAGGAACUACAGGGAUCAGCAAGUCUACGGUGCUGGCACGUCCAGCCUAUUCGCGGUUCAAGUAGCAGAAGAUGAAUCAUCUUUUUCCGUGGUCGACAAUACUCGCACUUCAACGAAGACUCGAGGCUUCGGGCGUGGCGGUGGUACCAUAUUCCGAGGUCGAGGACGAGGCGGGCGCGACCAACGUGGAGGACGAGGCACGUUCCAGAAUUCAAGAGUGGGCGGCCGCGGUGGUCAGCAAGCCUACCUCUACGACCAACGGGGAGGUGCUCGAGGCGGACGAGGUGGACGAAGGUUCGGCUGGAAAGAUUAUGACAAGCCCCAACGAAAUCGCGACUCCUCUGUGAACAUCAAACCUGACUGGACGAUGUUAGAAGAGAUUGACUUCGCCCGGUUACUGAAGCUCAACCUUGAAACCUCAGCCGGUGAGGACAUCGAUAGCUAUGGCUUCCUCUACUACUAUGACCGCGGCUACGACAAGCCUCCUGUCAAGAAUACGGAGCGAAAACUCAACGUCGUGGAUCGCGCUGCGUACAAUGUCACCACCUCUUCAGAUCCCAUAAUCCAAGAACUGGCCGAAAAAGACGAAGCCACCAUUUUUGCCACCGACAAUAUCCUCUCCAUGCUCAUGUGCGCUCCCCGAUCCGUCUACAGUUGGGAUUUAGUCAUUACGAAGCAAGGUAGCAAACUGUAUCUUGACAAGCGAGACGGCUCGUCCCUGGAUAUGGUAUCUGUAAACGAGAAUGCCGCGGAUGCACCUUUGGAAGCGAGCGAGGGCAAUAAAGAUAGCAUUAAUUUCCCCGGCGCAUUGGCGCUUGAGGCCACCUUCAUUAAUCACAAUUUUGCGAAUCAAACCGUCAUGGAGAGCGAAACGAGCAAGUUGGAAAUGCAGCACGAAAACCCCUUCUACAACCCGUCAGAAGAGACCGAACCUUUAGCAUCCAAAGCCUACAAAUAUAGACGCUUCGACCUCUCGCUCGAGAAAGACGAAGAUCCUCUGCAUCUGAUCGUCCGCACAGAGAUCGAUGCGGUUGUGAAGAAUAAUAUCAGCGGCGAAGAUCAAUUACUCACCCUGAAAGCACUGAACGAGUUUGACCAUAAGGCACAAGGUAGCGGCGGUGCUCUAGACUGGAGGACCAAACUUACGAGCCAGCGCGGUGCGGUGGUAGCAACGGAGAUGAAGAACAACAGCUGCAAGUUGGCGAGAUGGGCUACACAAGCUAUAUUGGCUGGCGCAGACGUGAUGAAACUCGGAUUCGUAUCCCGAGCUUCCCCCAAAAUUCCCGACCGACAUGUCAUCCUCGGCGUCGUCGGCUACGAUCCUCGCAAAUUUGCUGAGCAAAUGAAUCUCAACCUCGCUAAUGGCUGGGGUAUCGUCCGGACCAUUGUGGACAUGUGCCGGAACAUGAAAGAUGGCAAAUACGUCCUCGUGAAGGAUCCAAAUAAGGCGUUGUUGAGAUUGUAUGAGGUGCCGGUGGGGACGUUUGAGGAGGAAGACGGGGAGGAAAUCGAGGGGACAGAGGCGGGUGGGGAUGAAGAGUAA